CAGUAAGUACUCAUGCACCGACACCUGACGCGGAUCCUUUCUCGCAUGAUGACCAUUGGUAAAAGGUUAGAUCGCUGAGAACACUGAGAUGGUUUGCCUUUGCGCCUGCUGCGUGGCCUGGUAUGUCGUAGACUUUACUGUUUGCGCGUGCUUGCCCGUUGAAGAAACAAAGCGGAAGCCUCCAGUGCAGCGAAAUGCUGCCAUGCAACAAACAAACUGAAGAGAACGGAUCCACAUCGUUCAUUGUCGCUUGACUUUUCCAACGAUAAUCCAAAAGUACACGCUAACAUUCAUGUACUAUUAUAGGUACUAGCUUCUCCCUCCAACAGUCCAAAUGGAAAAUCAUGAGAGCGAACAACAGGCCCCUUCUGCACCUUGUCUCAAGCUACCACAUCAUGAUCGACCUGGCAUUGUCAACAAGGAAGUCUCCGAAAAGUCUCCUCUGGUAAGCCAAAGUCAUGUACAGCCGCGCCGAAAAGGUGUGAUAUCACCGCCUCCGCUGAAGCGCCAACGUACAACGUCCGACAAGCCUAGCUCGAUGAUUCGAAAGGCAGGUCUUCAGACCGACCCCAGCGCGAUUACACACAGCUUCAAUGGACGCAUUGGGGCCACCUCGACUGCGCAAAGCAACCAGAAACCGGAAAUCAUGUCGGUCUCGAUAUCGUUUCCAGCACCAUCUGCUCCUCAGCGACAAGACAAUCGGAACACCCGCGAUGUUUCGGGGCGGUGCCAUGUAUCACAUCCAAGAAAGCCUUUGAGCUCCACCUCGCUGCCCAAAGCUACCUGUCUCAUCUGUGAUAAAUCUAGUGCCACGAGCUAUAACCCGAUAGUUGCAUGUUCGGGAUGCUUUAGAUCAUACCAUGACAGCUGUCGAAAGCCUCCGCUCGCCCCAGGCAUUAAUCCGCAACAGUGGCAAUGCUCAGCAUGCUUGAGUGACACAGGAACACGUAAACCUUCUAGUGUGUCUUUAGCACCGGCUCCCGCUAGUCACUCUGUCGUGAGAGAAUUGUUGAAACCAAGAUUCGCCCACCGAGCUCCAAAUGCCGUGCCAUCAGAUCGUGUCCCAGAUCGUGUCCCAGAGGCCAUGCCGGGAAAGCGUUUGGAGCCUGAGAUCGCUUUGACCAGUCCGAGUGCUGCUGCAUCUGUCAACCUCAAUAAACCCAAGGAUGUUCUGUUCCCCUCCGAAUCACUUGAGCCGAAGCUGCUUGAGCGCACAGAGGUUCCAAACACCCCAUCACAACGCUCGAGUCAAUUUGACAGUUCGAUACCUGAGAAGCCGUCAGACCAUCUCCCCAACGCCCGUGUCUCCCAGCAAAACAGCUCCGCGCAAGGUGACGGGGAUAUAUCGGCCCUUGAUGAAUCGAGUCAUACCCAAAAGCGGACUCCUUCAACAGCUCUUUGCUCGACUUGUCGAAAGCAGACCGGAUUAGUCAAGCCUGGAGAAGAAGGGGCUCAAUGUUCUGGUUGUCGCACAAGAUUACGUAUUGCAGAAAUGGGGAGACAAGAGAUACCUGAAACUCCAAAUGUCGACACCGCUAGUCGUAAUGAAUCAUUCUUACCCACGACCUUGUCGAAUUCGAUCACUCACUCAUCAGCUCCAAUACUCGACGACCAUGAAGUGGGGACGGUUCCGUCGAUGCAUGUUUCGCCCGUGUCAGAGGCCGAGCCUGGUUCGAUAACGGCCAAUGCAAGCUCUUUGUCCUGGUUCGACCCUGACCGGGCAAAAAUCCGGCUGAGAAUGAAGAAGCCUCGUGAUGAUGAUCUGCCUGGCGUAUCUACCGCAGAUAAACGAGCUCUAGAUGCCUUGGUUACGUCACAAAUCACUUCCCUUGAGCAGAGGCCGUCAGUGCUGGGAGAAGAUGAAUCUCCGAAGUCAGCCUCCACUCUUCCGGGGUUCGUCGAAGUGGUUACACACAUUUUGCCGAAGCACCUUGCUACAAAAAGUCUGCCAGACCGAGCUGCCGCAGUAGUGACCAAAGAAGAAGAGUCAGCGGUUCCAAAGUCGGAUGAAAAGGUUGAAAGUGGUCCCUUGCCGGAUCCUAACAUCUCUGACAGCUCGCCCGGGGCAUAUAAAGGUCCAUCUAGACCAACGGAACGUCACACAAACCGCGAGUUGGCCAGGAUAGCAUUGGUGUGUGCAAAAGGCACAGGUAUGACCGCACUGCAGAUGAUUGACUGGCUGGCUUUGCGAUUCUCCUAUCUAAAAAAGGGCCAAGGCGCCUGGGAGAAAAGUCUCAAGUCGGUUCUCUCCCUCAAACCAGAGUUCCAUGGCGUGAAGCCUCCUGGACGGCCACAUGAGUCACGGGUUGUGUACAACUUCACCAGCACAGCCAGUAGGGCGAAAUACGAAAAAGAGUACCACGAUUACCUUCCUCUGGCUUCAGUACCGGGACCCCAAAACAGUCAUCAGAGGGCCAGAAAGGGUGUUCCACAGCGCGCCGUAGCGGACAAUGUCACGCAGCACGAGGAAGUCCAGGAUGAACAACCAACUCUGACCAGAAGGACCAUGACCAAAGCUAUCAAGAGUGCACCAAGUCGCCGGAAUGCUAUAACUCACGAUUCUCUACCGACACCGUUAAUCGAGGAGGUCACUACAGAUGCUGAACCAGGGUUCAACCCAUUCGAGCGUGCUACUGUCUCACGUCUGACAAGGGCGCCUUUCGACGAUCUGGAAGCCCAACGCGGAACGGACUUCCGUAGUGCAUAUUCGCCUAACACAGCAUCCUCAAUUGAUUUCAUGACUCCGGAAGAGAAGGCUACAAAGAUUGCAGAAAUCAAAGCGAGGCCAUCACGGAAGCAAUUCUUUGGAGCGAACUGGCGUCUGGCACAUGUGCGAAGAUUUGGGCGGGAGGAUAUCCAUGAUGAAAGCGAUGGAGCAUGGAAAUCCCACAACACAACAGAGAGAUCGAUAGCGGAUCGCAACUCUGCUAUGAACGAUCGUGACGUGAACCAGUCUUUGUUACAGGUCUUCAAUCUUCCGGCCAAUACUCGCCCUUUCAGUGACGGCAAUGAGCUUGUUUUUCGAGAUGCCACAUUGGUUCAUGGUCGACUGCCCCGGUCGCGGCAGGCAUAUCGAGUGGGCAAAGUGUUUGGGGGCGAGCUCACUAUUAACUGAACCAUCGGUUCUCUGGCGCACUGCAUAGUUGUUUGCCGCAUUAUACCCUAUCGUUCUUGGACCGCAAUAUGAUGAUUUUUCCUUACCCA